GCUUACCGCGGCUUUUCCCCUGAACGGGUGUGAAGAUUGAUAAUUUAUUUUAGCGCAGACUUGCUGUUUUUUUAUCCUUAAAAAGAAGUGGGACGCAUUUUGCUCCGUUUUGGUCCCCCUGCUUCCUGCCAUCUGAGGAAGCGCUGAUCUGAGUUACCACGGUCCGUUUUUGGACGGUAUUGGGAACUGCUGGUCAAUUGUUCAUUACAUCUGGUGAUCAGGAUGGCCUUAAAUGUCUUUGAUCACGAUGAGUACAGACCACCAGUCUGGAAAUCUUACUUGUACCAGCUCCAGCAGGAGGCGCCACACCCUCGCAGGAUCACUUGCACAUCAGAGGUGGAAAACCGGCCUAAGUACUAUGGAAGAGAGUUCCAUGGGAUGAUAUCCAGAGAGGAGGCCGAUCAGCUCCUGAGUCAGGCUGAAGGCAGCUACCUCAUCAGGGAGAGCCAGAGGCAGCCGGGCACCUACACUCUGGCUUUAAGGUUUGGAAACCAGACCAGGAAUUUCCGUCUCUACCACGAUGGGAAACACUUUGUUGGCGAGAAAAGGUUCGAGUCUAUCCAUGACCUGGUGACAGAUGGCCUCAUCACGCUUUACAUCGAGACAAAGGCAGCGGAGUACAUCGCCAAGAUGACCAUCAACCCCAUCUAUGAACGCGUGGGCUACACCACUCUGAACCAGGAGCCCACUCUGAAGAAACUCCUGCCACACAGCCCAGAGAGGCCCGGCGGACCGGUCCCUAUCAAAGAUGGCCGAAACACAGAGGAGAGGCUCACGUCUCUGGUGCGGCGCGCCACGCUGAGGGAGAGCGACAUGGUGCCCAAGUAUGAGAAGGUCCACAACUUCAAGGUUCACACGUUCAGAGGUCCUCACUGGUGUGAAUACUGUGCCAACUUCAUGUGGGGUCUGAUCGCUCAGGGAGUCAAAUGUGCAGACUGCGGGCUGAACGUUCACAAGCAGUGCUCCAAAGUCGUCCCCAACGACUGCCAGCCGGACCUGCGGCACGUCAAGAAGGUCUACAGCUGCGACCUGACCACGCUGGUCAAAGCCCACAACACCAAGAGGCCCAUGGUGGUCGACAUGUGCAUACAGGAAAUCGAAGCUCGAGGUCUUCAGUCUGAGGGUCUGUACAGAAUAUCUGGCUUCAGUGAGCUGAUUGAGGACGUCAAGCUGGCCUUUGACAGAGACGGAGAGAAAGCAGACAUUUCAUCAAACGCUUAUGAAGACAUAAACAUCAUCACUGGCGCCCUCAAGCUGUACUUCAGGGAACUGCCGAUUCCUCUCAUCACAUACGACGCCUACCCUCGCUUCAUAGAGACUGCAAAAAUUACAGACCCAGAAAAACGACUGGAGUCUCUGCAUGAGGCCUUGAAGCUGCUGCCCCCCGCCCACAUCGAGACACUCAGAUACCUCAUGGCUCACCUCAAGAGGGUCACGGAUUAUGAGAAGGAGAACCUCAUGUCCAGCGAGAACCUGGGUAUCGUCUUCGGCCCGACGCUGAUGAGGGCGCCAGAACUGGACGCCAUGACGGCCCUCAAUGACAUCCGAUACCAGAGACUGGUGGUGGAGACACUCAUUACCAAUGAAGAUGUGUUGUUCUGAGAGAAAAGGACAAAAAAAAGCUCCGGAGAAAUGGAGGAACAUGUCUGGAAAGAUGAAGGAAGGGACUGUUUACGAGGAUUCCCCCGCAUUUAUAUGUCAUCUUUCACAAUCAGCAAACUUGAAGAUGUUAAAUAUUGAUAAUAACGGCUGAAACUCUGAGCCUUCUGAGGUAAAAAGAAACGUAGCAAAUGCCCAUGUAGGGGAAACACUGGUUUUAUUUUUUAAACGGAUGCCUUGAAACUUUUAGCUUUUAGUUUUUCUGUUUAUUUAUCCUGUGAGAAGACCAACAAAGGUGGCAUUGUUUUAUGCAUCUUGACAUUUCAAGUUGAAUCGGAAGCUACAGAAGAAGAUUUGUGAAGCAAAUCCCAUAAAAUGAGCUCAAUUUGUAUAUUAUUUGGGUAAUUUUUAGCAUAUGACAUUUAUUUUUUCUCUUUGUUGUAGCAAUGCUUGUUAGCUAAAAACCUUUAUUCUGUCUAAAACUGUGGUAAGCAAAAUUCAGCAACAUUUAAAAUUAAUUUCAGUUCAGUUCAAUAAAAAAUGCUUUAUUUAUCCCAAAGGGAAAUUAAAUGUUGUCAUAACUCAUAUUGUCAAAGAGUCUUUUGGAAUGUAUUAUGGUUAGAAAACCGGGCAGAGAGAUGUUGGAGUAGGGGAUAUGGUUGGCUAGAAUUGAUGGUUUGAACAUCCUCUUUCUCUCUCUUUAACCAUGAAGCCUUCUUUUCAACUCCUCUUGGAUUGGUGGUCAUAUUACAUGUAUUAAGGCCUUUCCAGGGAUUUAAUACCAACAAGCAUUUUUACAACAAAGAAAUAAUCAAAUCUGCGACAUGUUGUGUUUUUCUUGCUACAGACUUCAAGACUUCACUUUUCUGUCUUCACUAUGAUGUCAACAUGUUCAUUUAAAUCUCCUCUGAGAAGGAAGCAGUACUGGCUUCAUGAAAGUAGACAGCAGGAUGAAUGAGAAACUCGAAACAUCAGUGAUUUGGACCUUUUCUGUUUUUAAAUUUCCUCCCAAAGCUGGAUUGUAACUACACAGCAGAGAAACUAUUUCAUACCAUUGCUGAGCUUUAAUUUGAGACGUUUGUUGCUGAAACACUUUUGCUAUGAGUUGUUAAACUGUUAUUUUAACUGAAUCACAAGUAAAUUAUUAGGAGUGUUAAAUCUGAUCAAACAUCUCCAGCUGUGAAGGUUUAACGUACAUUUUCAACCAGUCAAGUCAGUAUUUCUGGUCCAAAGCUGUUGAUAACUGCUUGUAAUAUGAAGGAGUUUAUUUUCAUCUUCUUUUUAAAGAAACUUGUGUCAUUUGAAGGGAUAAAAUGGAGGCCUUUUGCUUGUUUCUCCUCAUCAGUUAAGACUCCCUAUUUCUUGUCUUUACCCCCACUUCUGUCGGGGGACGGUGUUUAAAUUGAAGCGUUGAUGACCCGGAGAAGUAAAGAGUUGGAUGUAACUAACAAAGUUCUUUAUCAAACAUUACCUAACCAAGUACUAACAUCAAACUUUCCCUCUGAGCCUCUUGUCUGUUGUCUGUGAAAUUUGCUUUAUUUUUAGCAUCAUGAAAUGUCAUUUUUUUAUUGUCAUGUUUGUAAAGUAUUUUCUAUAUGGUUUCUGCAUGUUGUAAUUAAAUUAUUAAACCUGGCUUUCAAAUCA